UAUGAGACCUGCUCCUCCUCCAGAUGUUCACACCUCAUUUUCCCCCAGUACGAGCUGCUCAUUAAAGUUUCUCCUCAGGUAAACAUGAUUGCCUGGAUAGUGUUUGCUGCUGUGAUUUUUCUCGUACUUUUAUACCGCCAUCCGCACUUUUUCCAGGAUGUCCAACACGUACGGUUAAAAUUAGAUAUAAAGCGUCGUGUCGCAAAAUACAUGCAGACUAAUUACUCCAUCCUGGACCGGUUUGUAGACGUGGUGAAGCUGCAGCCUCACAAGCCCUUCAUCCUCUUUGAAGGGGAGACUUUCACCUACCAGGACGCGGAUGAGCUCAGUAACAAAGCAGCACGGGUUUUCCUGCAGACUGGACUUGUUAAAGAAGGAGACACGGUCGCUCUGUUCCUCAGAAACGAGCCGAUGUUUGUGUGGCUGUGGUUUGGUUUGAUGAAGAUCGGAUGUUCUGCUGCUUUACUCAACUACAACAUCAGAUCCAAGUCUCUGUUACACUGCUUCAACUGCAGCGGAGCCAAGACUCUGGUCGCAGCUGAAGAGCUACAGGAUGCUGUGGAGGAGGUCCUGCCCAGUCUGUUGGACCAGCAGGUCACUGUUUUCACCCUGGCUGACAGAUGCAAAACUCCAGAUGUGGAGAGCUUCAAAGACAAAAUGAGCCAGGCCUCCUCUGCGCCUCUAUCCAAGGAUUUAAGGUCACAUUUAACCUUGCAGAGUCCAGCAGCCUACAUAUACACAUCAGGGACAACAGGUCUCCCUAAAGCAGCAGUGAUCUCUCAUACCAAACUGUGGAACAUAUCUCUCGUUAUGACUAUAGCAGGAAUGAACUCCAAAGAUGUGCUUUAUAUUAGCCUUCCUCUCUAUCACACCGCCGCCUUCUUGGGAUUACAUGCAGCUGUUGACAAAGGUAUCACAGUGGCUUUGAGGAGUACAUUUUCUGUAUCUCAGUUCUGGGACGACUGCAGAAAAUAUAACGUCACUGUCAUUCAGUACAUAGGUGAAACUAUGCGUUACCUCUGCAACACACCAAAGAAACUCAAUGAUCGAAGCCACAAAGUGAGACUUGCGUUAGGCAACGGGAUCAGAGCCGAUGUUUGGAGGGACUUCUUAAGCAGGUUUGGAAACGUUCAAAUCAGAGAGUUUUAUGGAGCAACUGAAGGGAAUUUUGUUCUGCUAAAUUACAUCGGCAAGAUCGGAGCUAUUGGCCGAGCCUCCUUCCUCCUCAAGAGGUUUUAUCCAUAUGCUGUGAUCAAAUACGACAUAGAUAAAGGAACGCCUGUGAGGGAUUCUUCUGGUUUCUGCAUCGAGGCUGCCAAAGGUGAACCUGGACUUCUGGUAUCUGAAAUAUCAAUGGGGGCUCCGUUCUUUGGUUAUGUGAGAGACCUGCAGCAAACUGAGAAGAAGAGGCUGCAUGACGUCCUCAAGAAAGGAGACUUGUACUUCAACACUGGUGACCUGCUGUCCAUUGAUGAAGAUAAUUUCUUCUACUUUCAGGAUCGAGUUGGAGACACUUUCAGAUGGAAAGGAGAGAACGUGGCUACAAAUGAGGUGGCUGACGUCAUCUCACUGGUUGACUGCAUUAAAGAAGCCAACGUGUAUGGAGUCAAAGUUCCAGGUCAGGAGGGGAGAGCUGGAAUGGCUGCUGUUACUUUAAGUGAAGGACAGAGAUUUGACUCAGCAGGUGUUUUUAAACAUGUUGAAAACUCCCUGCCGACCUACGCGAGGCCACGUUUUAUGAGGAUUCAGAGCUCCUUGGACGUCACAGGCACGUUCAAGCACAUGAAGGUGAAGCUGGUGGAGGAGGGAUUCAACCCAAAUCAAAUAACAGACCCUCUCUACUUUCUGGAUGAAAGAGACAAGAAUUACAUCCCACUUACGGUGGACACAUUCAACUCAAUUACAUCAGGGAAGAUCAAAAUCUAAAGUGGCUUUUGUUGCCUCUCUGUUAAAGGAACAGCUUGUACUAUAACACAGCAGCCACCUGUGAUGGUCAAUGCAUGUGAGGGGUUGUUUUGUGAUAAAUCUUUAUCUAUUUACAUUUGUACUUCUACUUUUACAGUAAUUUCAUACAUAUCACAAAAUGACUUUAAUGCUCCUCCAGAGAACAUGUUUGAUGUUGCACUGAGAUGUAAUAGCUUCACUUAGAGCGAGAAAGAGAGUUUUUCCUGUGCGCUCACUGCGUAUAUUCUGAUCUAUUGAGGCUAUUGUCUGUGUAGUAGCUGGAAUCUGUGCUUUGUAAAUAAUACAUUUCUCAUACGAUUGUUGAAUGUUUGUUACGUCCGUCCCUCUCUUUAGGGCUGAUAAAUUUGAGGAAAAUAUUUUUUUCUGAUUUUACUGAUCAAUAUUGUGAAUUAAAUGACUGAAAACUUAAA